AUGUUCCCCAAAGAGCGGUCUUCUGUCCUGUACUUCGAGCUGUCAAAAGAUCCUCGGGAACAGUAUAACGAAGACGUCCUUACUGCGGCUACCAUCCUGAGAUUCUACGAGCAAAUUGAUACACCCUCCAUUGGCAUUGACUCUGAAGCAUAUCUGAGCACAGUCCAAUUCAUUGUCAACAGCCAGGAAGAUGAUUCUUUCUAUGCAUAUGCUACCAUCCAUGGCCCUCGCAGGAACCGAGAUUUGCACGCCAUUCCUUCAAAGUCCCUCCGCCAUUCGGCAUGCUUGAUAGCGCUUAGACAGGAGAUUUGGAGCGCUUUUCUUAAUCAGCGUACUUUCCGACUACCGAUAUGUCCGUCGAAUGACUACACACAGUUUGACCCAGUGAAUGACUUUACCUGGACAAAUCGCAUUCUUGUGUGGUGUGCCGAUCUUCUCAAAUUUUGCUUCGGUGAAGGCAAAUUAAUGGCCCCCAAACAACAAGUUGAGAGGUGGACCGCACUCAAAGCCUUCGAUAUAAUGUGGGAAUCCAAAAAACCAUUGGAUUUCAAGCCACUGUAUUUCGAAGACGCGGAUCCCGCAUCUGGAAAGUUCUUCCCGGCUAUCUGGCAUAGUAAUGCCUGCCAGGUAGUCGGAGCCCAGCACAUUGAGCUCUCCCGCAUUCUGCUUGCCGUUUCCAAUCCAAAGCUUUCACGUCUUGGGCUAGCAGCACGCCAAGCAACUCGUGCUUUAGAAGAGGAACUCAAAUCCAUCGUCCGUCGCCUGGUCGGCCUGGCAUUAUCGAACCCGAAAUUACCAGUUGUGUUUGUUGAUGCCGCAGUGGGAAUUUCUGUUUGUGGAGAAUAUCUCGAUGACCCUGCUGAACAACAGGCUGUCUUGGACUUCUUAGCUGAUCUCGAGUUCUGUCAUGCAUGGCCUACAGCAGCAACAUCGGCCGCACUCAAGGAUGCCUGGCACGCGAGAUCAUUAUGA